GAACCAAAAGAAGAAGAAGAAGAGGCGGAACCGGAAGUAUUUUGAAGUUAUAACCACUAUGUAAACUUAUGUUGUUUUUUGUAACAUUUGGUCUUUAAAAACGACAAAACAAAUGGAUUCAAAGGGGCCGUCGCUUUAUGCACAGCCAGGUCCCUCAGUAGACAUGAACCGGAGCGUAGAGGAAAACUCCCUAGUAGACGGACCGCUGAUCUCUGCUGACGCCCUCAGCUCUGCUAUCAGGAGAGAGUUCCAGACUGUGCCAACAUCAUGUCAUGCCAGCAUGUUGUCUCUACUACAUGUUCUGUAUGUUAUAUUGUCUGUUGUCGUGGCUGUGCUGUGUGUGCUAAAGUUUGGCCAAGAGGAAGUGUGUAUGAGUAUUUUGGGUAAUGUGAGUGGUGGCAGUGCCAUUGUGUAUGGGAAGGUAUGUUUGUGGGUGCUGGUGAUGAUGUUCACUGGCUGCGUGCAGCACCAUCACAGUAAAGUCCGGAGCAGAGGAUACCUGCGAUUUUACAGACAGACACAGUGGCUGAAACAAGUGCCCCUCACUAUUCACUCCUCAGGAAACGUUCUGCUGCUGAUUCUUCUUGCCACAAAUUUAUCACAGACUGUACACACCUACAUGCUGCUCAGCGUUCUUGGGAUGGAGCUCUUGGUGGCUGUGCCAUGCCUGCUCUUUUACACAGUCAAGGUAAUGCAGUUCAACAGGGAUCGAGCUGCACCAGACGUGAGCCAAGAAGAGCUUUCACACACCUACAGUGUCACAAGCUUACCAACCGAGACUGGCUUCAGAGGGGCCUCCAGUCUGGAAGAAGUGGUGGAAAAGCAGGCUGACCUGAUAGAAUACCUGAAACAGCACAACACAUUGCUGAGCAAGAGGCUACUCAACCUCACUGCUCAGCACUAAGUGCAGUCUGACCUCUUCUACGACCACCAGCCGAUGACAGCCUCCAACUCUCAGGAGAAAGAGCCUGAUCACUUUACUGCUCUAAGAAGAUCUUAAGGACUUAAGUAAGCAAAUGCACCUGUACACGCAGACCGAGUCGGCUCCUCUGUGAGGCAUCCUCACCUGAGAUGGACAGAUAACGCAAGAGGAGGUGGACUGAAAGUGGAGUAUAGUUAGAGGAAACUGGGAAGUCAAGGGGAGGAGUUGCAGGUCACAGUUCAGUGGUGAGAGGUUUUUAUCACUUUGUUAUGACCUCCGGUGACCCGUGUAUUCUGCCACUUUUGUUACUCCAAAAGAAGCAGAGCGGUAAGAUCAACAGCACAAAGGAAAGAGAGGUUAUCACUUAUCUGGGUCAAACAAGUGAGGUUAAAUCUUCUUUUAUUUGUUUGAAUGUUGUCAUGUAAAAGUUUUUUCUAUCUAUUCUGUUGUUGAUUUUGCGUAAUUCUGAUUAGAUCCCAAUAAAAUCUGUGAUAUUAUUCUGUCA